UCAGCUGGCGCCUCAGGUGGUCGUCAGCUCCCGCGGCUGCGCAGCCAACAGCCCUGAGGGCCUUGGAGGGGCGCUCGGCCCCGAGGGGGUGUGGCCGCGGCGGGAGCACGCCGGGGGUUCCUGUGGCUCUGCCGAGAAAUACUUCCUGUAGCAUCACAUGAGGAAGCACAUGACGUCUGGUUGUCUCUCUUCGGGUGAUGUUCAGAUCCAUCAGUGUAUCAGCUGAUCCAUCUGUUAGAAAGUUCCCACCAACUUGUCACCUGAUGCCUUCAGCAGCUAUUGGUGAUCAUCACCUGGAGUCAUUCGUUCAUAGGAGUUGCUGAAUAGUGGAGAGUGGUGGAGUGGCAUGUGAGGCCUCCGGAGCCUGCCCAUAGCUUGUGAUUCAAGUGCAGAGCUUCCCUGAGCCCCAUGAGGUUGUGUGAGCCUGGAAUGCUGCUCUGCUCCUCCUGCCCGGGUCCACUCAAGAGGCGCUAGAUAAGAACACGUGCUGCAGCCCCCUCUGUAGGCCUCAGCCUGGAGCAGAUACUGAGACUCAGACACCAGCGAGACUCUUCCAUCAGCCUCUGGGCUACAGAAGGGAAUGGAAAGAGCCUGGAUCUGGAUUUCUCAACCUCCAUUUUGGAAGUCUGAAGAGAUCUGGAUCGUCUGGACUUCUUGUAAAACAUCACAUUGUUCCAUUACAUUGAUGGCAUUACCCUGAUGAGAGCAGGAAGAGAGGCCCACGCAAUUUUGAAGAAGCCGCUCUUGAAGCGUAUAUGGAAAGUAGAUCUAAAACGCGCAAAUGGUGGACCCUGAAAGACAGGGAGAGGUUAAACAUUAAAUUUCAAAAGAAUAUCUGGGGUGGAGGAGAGUCCCCAGUAGAGACGCAGGCCCUGAGUGUCUCCAGCAUGAAGCUUAUUCUGUUGCUUUUGAGCUUCUCCCUAAGUUUUGGCAAGAUUGAAGGUGAAAAGCAAAUGAGAGGAAACGUGCUGAAGAAACCACAGACCUAUUGGACACCAGGCGCAUCUCAGGAAGAUCUCCUGGAGGAAAAGUGCUUAACUGAAAAACACACACAUCUUUCCUGCAAUAAAGUCUUCUGCCAACCAUGGCAGAAAUGCAUCCAAGGGAGCUGCAGCUGUAAACUCCCUUAUCAGUGCCCAAAGAAUGGUACCACCGUGUGUUCAACUAAUGGGAGAAGCUACCCGACUUACUGUCAGCAAAAGAGUGUUGAAUGUCUUCGUCCAGGGGCAAAGUUUUUAAAUAAUGGAAUAUGCACAGCCGAAGGGAAAUUUGAUGUUUCCUUGAAGUAUGGAAAUACAGAUUCAGAGGGAUUUGUUGAGGUAAAACUUGUGAACCAGGAGAAGAAAAUGUUUGUAUGUAAAAGGAACUGGAGCAUGACACAGGCCAACGUGGCCUGCCUGGACCUCGGAUUUCAACUAGGAGCUCAUAGUACUCAAGGAAAAUUUCCGUUUCCUGAAGAAAAUUCCACUGAAUGUCUGUAUGUGCGUUGUCGAGGAUUAGAGACCAGUUUGGCUGAAUGUACUAUUACUAAGAGAACAACUAACAGUGCCUGGGGUUUAGCUGCUGUUGUGUGUUACACCCAGAACACAGUUUUGCCAGAAAAUGAGUCCUUUCAGUGUGUGAACGGCAAACACAUUCCUCGAAAGAACGCCUGCAAUGGUGUCAAUGACUGUGGAGACCAGAGUGACGAGCUGUGCUGUAAAGGGUGCCGAGGGAGAAGUUUCUUUUGUAAGUCGGGAGUUUGUAUUCCAAACCAGCACAAGUGCGACGGGGAGGUGGACUGCAUCACCGGAGAAGAUGAAAUCGGUUGUGAAGGAACUGAACAUCUUGGAAUGAAAGACUUUUUACGUACGGCUAAAGGAGCUGGACAUUCUGAAAGGAGAGACUUUUUACGUGCGGAUCAAGGAGCUGAACGUCCUGAAAUGAAAGAAGAAAUUUUGACUGCUGAUAUGGAUGCAGAAAGAAAAUGGAUAAAGUCCUUUUCCCCUAAACUAUCCUGUGGAGUUAAAAACAGCUCUCCCGUUCGAAGAAAACGAGUCGUGGGAGGACAGGAGGCGCACGUGGGAGACUUCCCAUGGCAGGUGGCGAUUAAGGAUGUCACUGAGAGAAUCAACUGUGGAGGAAUUUAUAUUGGUGGCUGUUGGAUUCUGACUGCUGCACACUGUGUCAGAGUCAGUAAAGUUCACCGUUACCAAAUAUGGACAUCAUUAGUAGACUGGUUAAGACCUAACUCUGAAAUAGGCAUUCAAUGGGCAAAUAGAAUUAUUAUCCAUGAAGGCUACAAUGGAACCACUUACCAAAAUGACAUCGCCUUGAUUGAAUUGAAAAAACGCCCAAACCAAAAAGAAUGUGUGCUGCUUAAUUCCAUCCCCGCCUGUGUGCCCUGGUCUCCGUAUCUAUUCCGACCUAAUGACAAAUGCAUCAUUUCUGGCUGGGGUCGAGAAAAAGAUCAUCAAAAAGUCUACUCACUUAGGUGGGGUGAGGUGCAUCUCAUCAGCAACUGCUCCAGGUUCUACCCGAAUCGCUACUUUGAGAAAGAAAUGGAGUGUGCAGGUACAGUGGACGGUUCCAUCGAUGCCUGUAAAGGGGACUCUGGAGGUCCUUUAGUCUGUCAGGAUGCCAACAAUGUGACUUAUGUUUGGGGUGUCGUGAGUUGGGGUGAAAAGUGUGGAAGACCAGACUUUCCAGGCGUUUACACCAAAGUGGCCAAUUAUUUUGACUGGAUUAGCCACCACGUGGGAAGGUCUCUUAUUUCUCAGCAUAAUGUAUAAAAACUGUGAUCUUUCUCUUCUUUCUGCUCAUUUUCUCUCAGGAGUUCUGUUGAAGUUGAAAUGAUACUGCAUAAUUAGUACUUCUCUAGGAAAAAAGACAAAGCCAAUCUUACUGGAUAUCUUUAAAGGUCUCUACAGUUUAUACCAUGUUGGCAUUUUGCUGUAUAAUUCUCAAAUAAAUAUUAUCGUCAAGCAUA